CACUAUACUUUGCAAUGUAUUUUGCAGAUUCUUAAAUAUAAUUUACUAAAAUAAAUAGUUUCGAAAUGCCUUAUGAGGUAUCAAUGUCGGGCGGACAGCCUUGGGGAUUCCGUUUAUCAGGUGGAACUUUCGCAGGAGCACCUUGUACUAUUUCAAGAAUUACACCAGGAGGAAAAGCUGCACAAGCAAAUGUUAUGCAAGGCGAUGUUCUUAUUGCUGUCAAUGGGAUGUCAAUCAGUGAUCUUGAUUUACACGAAAUUAUGAAAUACAUCAAGAAUUCUGGCGAAGAAGUCCAUCUUACUUUGAUGGCGCAAGAAGAAAUCGAAGCAAAUCUGAAGAAUAAGAGACAGUCUGAAGUGAAUUUUACGACGGCCACCGAACUAGAACGUCCGGCAAGCAACAUGCAAUCACACACACCACGAGCACUCACACCAGCAUGCGCAGAAUCUCCAGCCCCAGUAGAUGCAUUACAAGAUUUUAGUAAUUUGAAGAUUGGUCAGAAAAAGAGCUUGCCUCCAUCUCCACUGGCAACAACGCCGGCUCCAAAAGAAGACGCAGUAGCCCAAUCCGAAGUGCGAGAGCAACCAACACCAAAACCCCGAACUACAUUGACGCCCGCGAACGGAGCCACGAGCAACAUUAAUCAAGACGAAGUGGAGAAAAACACACUGGAACCCCAUGGCGAAGCAGAACAGAAAGAAUACCCAGAUUAUGUGAAACGUUAUCUGAAACCACAAAAAGCAAUUCCAGAAUUCAAACCACAAGUCAAUUGGCUUCACGGUAAACUGAAGAUCAAUCUUAAAGGCAAUCCUAACGCACUCUCAGACCCAGGUAACAAAUUGAAAACUGCUGCUCAAGCUCAUCCAAAUCAGCCGAUAGAAAUUGAAGGACCUCUGUCUGCAACCGUUGUCCAUGCUCAGUACAAUACUCCCGUUGGAUUAUACAGUGGUAAUCAAAUUGUCAACACGUUGGUUGGAACAGCUGCAGCUAAAGGCGCAAAAGUUCCUAAUCCAGACACAUUCUGUGAAAAUCACAUUGAUAUCAACAAGGACACUCCAGUAUACAAAUUAAUUCACAAACAAGAACGAUCGUCGCAAGCACCAGCUCAAUCCAGAUCGAUCCAGAUUCUCGAUGCCCUUCUGUCAACUCCUGGAGCCACAUUACCUUCUGCAUUUUAAAUUGCAUAAAACUAUGAACUGCCGCAUUUUAAAGACAAACAUCAGUCAUACUUGCACAUUUAUUUAAAUGACUUAUUAUAGCCUGCUGUGACUGUCUAUGUUAAUUGCAUGUACAUUGUUGUUAAACGAGGUUUUCAGAAAAAUAAAAUAUAUGUAUCGUA